UCCUUUGUGGACUAGCAGCAGUCUGUCGGUGCUCGGAGAGCGCCGCCUGCCUUCCCAGAACAGAGCAGCGGACAGGGCUCUGACGGUGACCGAACCAAGCGUACUCGGUGUGAGAGCGGAGCUGCGAAUGACCAGGACGCGUUCAGUUAGUUCGGAUCUGCUGCGUGAGAACUGGAUAGGUUCUGGUGACGAGGAGCAGAACUCGAGUACCGAGCCAGGAGGACAGUCGGUGGCUUUUAGCGUGUUGCUGUUUGAAGAAAAGUUGUUUCUGUCCACCGGACACAGGCUGAGGACAUUUACUGUUGGAGGGAGCACUGUACGGACUGCUAGUAAAGAACAUUUUGACUCGGGCCAAAUUGAAAGAAUUGCAGAGCUGACUGAGGCCCUGGAAUGAGAGCUCCCUGCCAUCCUGUCUCCCCCAGACCUCCAGGAGGAGCACGCUGGGCGACACACUGAGUGUGCUGUUCGUCUGAUGCGGUCAGGCUGCCAUGGCUCUGGUCCAGGCACUUCCUGUGAGUGACCACCCCAAUCCAGGUCUUGACCUUCACCAGUGCCGGCCAUUGUCACCCCACUCCUCCUCGGACUUCUGCUCCGGUCCUUGUGGGGCCUGCAACUCCGACAUAGCCAUGGGUUCAGUCAGCAGUCUCAUAUCAGGCAGGACAUAUCAAGAGAGGCACUGCAGGGCUGGCAGCGAAUUCACCAACAAACCACGUCGCUCCACGCCGGCCACCAGCUGUUUCCGGCUGCAGGACAAAACCCUCCGCAGCGGGAGCUCCCUGGAGCAGCUGCUGGUCAACAGCAACCAUACACAGCCUCAGGCCCAGGUUCUCCCUCCGCCACUGCCCACCAAAAAGCAGCCGCGACCUGGAAACUCUGCCGGCGCAGGUGGGGGUGGAAUGGCUGCUGGAGCAGCCGGAGGUGGAAUCAAUGCAAACUUUGGAUAUGUAAGCGAAGAAGUGGUUGUUGGAGACUGGAACGACAACCUGGUGCUGACCGUCGCCAGUCCCUGCAGCGACCUGGAGGACCAAAAGGACAAUGGGACUGUGAACGGCAACAUCGGUGGGCCUCCUCCCAAACUCAUCCCAGUGUCUGGACAGCUAGAGAAGAACAUGGAGAAAGUCUUGAUUCGUCCCACGGCUUUCAAACCUGUCGUCCCCAAGAACCGUCACUCGGUGCAGUACCUGUCUCCACGGCCAGGAGGCAGCAGUCUGUCCGAGAGCCAGGCCAGCCUAAACCUCCUGUUGCCCCUCGCCGCCCCCAACAGCACGAGCAGCACAAACAGCAACAUUGGCAGCUCCAGCUCCAGCUCUGAGGGGAAAACCAAUUCGUGCGGAGGCCGUAACGCUCGCAGCAUCCAGUCCUGCUCCAUGUCCGACUCAGGGAGAAACUCCCUCUCCAGCCUCCCCACCCACAGCAGCACAGGCUACAGUUUGGCCCCCAGCGAAGGAUCCAGCUCGGGGUCUGGUUCCGGGGGCUCGGUGGAGCCGGUGUCGGCUCUGGUUCGCAACACUUCAGGAGGAAGUGGCGGCCACGGUCACAGCAAUUCGGACAGCGGACGCUCCUCCUUCAGCAAAAGCACAGGCUCGGGGUCGCUGAGCGGGCGCGGGCAGCCCCUCUCUGACAGCGGGUCCUGUGGGCACUCGCCACCGCCUGUGGAGGGAUACGAAGUGGUGGUGAAGGAGCUGGAAGAGAAGCUGAGGGAGCGAGACCUGGAGCUCCAACAGCUCCGGGAAAACCUGGAUGAGAACGAGGCAGCCAUCUGCCAGGUGUAUGAAGAGAAGCAGCGACGGUGUGAAAGAGAGAUGGAGGAGUUGAGACAGAGCUGUGCAGUCAAGAUGAAACAGACAUCUCAGAAAGCUCAGAGAGCACAGCAGGUGCUGCAGUUACAGGUAUUCCAGCUACAGCAGGAGAAAAAGAAGCUGCAGGAGGAUUUCUCAUCCCUGCUGCAGGACAGAGAAACACUAGAGAGAAAAUGUGCCACCAUCCAGAGGGAGCAGACGCAGCUGGGGCCCCGUCUGGAGGAGACGAAGUGGGAGGUUUGUCAGAAGUCAGGAGAGAUCUCGCUCCUGAAGCAGCAGCUGAAAGAAAUCCAGUCUGAGCUCAGCCAGAAAGCAGGUGACAUUGUCGUGCUCAAGGCCCAGCUCAGGGAAGCUCGCUCCGAACUGCAAUCGAGCCAGGGCCGAACCCAGGAGGCCCAGACCGCCCUGCGGACGAGAUCUCUGGAGCUGGAGGUCUGCGAGAACGAACUCCAAAGACGCAAGAGUGAAGCCGAGCUGCUGCGGGAGAAGGUCAGCCGUCUGGAGGAUGAGUCGGGCCGGAUCCACGACACACUGUCCAAUCACAGCGUAAACGCGCCCAAGAAGGGGCUCGGCAUGAGCCUGUCGUUUCAACAGGGAAGAGUUGUGAUAGGAAGGGCAGGUCCCAGUCCCUGCAUGUACCGUGAUGGAGAGGACGGUUACCUGGUGUGGGGCGGAGAGAGCGACGAAGCCAAGGCUCAGAGGCAGAAUGUAGAAACGCUAAUGGGACUCAGACAGCAGGUGGAUCGACUGAAAGCCGAGCUCAUGUAUGAGAGAAGAACUGGCGAGGAGCAGCGGUCACGCUUUGAGGAAGAGAGGAGGGUCUGGCACGAGGAGAAAGAAAAAGUAAUCCGCUACCAAAAGCAGCUGCAGCAGAACUACAUCCAGAUGUAUCGUCGCAACCGUGAUCUAGAGCGAGUGAUGAGGGAGCUGAGUCUGGAGCUGGAGAACAGGGACAUGGAGGACUACGAGGUCCGCAGCGGCAGCAACGACAUCCACUUUGAGGAAAUCACUGCCACUGAGAUCUAGACACACACCUACGCACGUAAUCCAGUAAAAUGUGCACACACAACAUGGAGAAAACUUACUAAAGUUCCUGAAGAUGCAAACCAAACACUGAACUGUGGACCAAAUGCUGUACUAGCUUCGAUGUGGUGUUACAUGGAGCGCAGACCGAGCUCUGAACACUGUUAAAAAGGGAACAUCUCCCAAAGGUGCAUUUGUUAGUCCGUGUUAACACAGAUGCGCCCCACUAAUUCAUCUCCUGGCAUCUCCUCUAUAAAGCCAGCACAAAGACUGCAUUGUUUCUGAGACCAAAAGCAUUGAGGAGCUUGUCAUUCUCAGAAUAUCUUCAAAUCAGGGUAUUUAAAUUAAACAGGAACCUAAAGCAAAAAAUAUAUAUAUAUUAAAUAUUCCCUACUGAAAAAUCUCAUCAUCAUGCACUUAAGCUUCUUGGCUGCUUGCAAUAUAAAACACCUGGCCACCAGCAUGUACAGGAUAUUCAGGCGUCAACACAGCAGCUCAGUUAGCAGUGACCAAUCUAAACUGCGGCGCCGCAAAAAAAGAAAAUAAAGAGGACAAACAACUUCCAUCAUUCACAGUUUAGAUUCCUCCUUUACCACCAACCUGUAAAUAAGUUAGAAGACAUGUUGUUGUAAUUUAGGCAUUUUGGCUGCAGUUUGUGUUAUUACAGCACAUGUGUGGUGACCUGUGUUUUUAGAGAGAAAGGACAUAAUAACUCAUCUCUGCUUAGCUCACUGAGAGAAACAAUGGCAUGAUUUUACCCAAGAUUUCCAGAAGAAACUCAGAAAUGUGAUACCAACUAGGAUCAACUUUGAUGUUUGAGCUCAUAGUUUAUUUACUCGUGGACAUCUCAUUCUGUUUCUUCCCACCAAGACUCCAGGUUCCAAUAAAAGCUAGUUUUAAACUUUGAACUCAUGUUUUUUAGUCAUACUGUGCCUCAUAAAACUGGUUCAGACGAUGAAGCGAGCCUGUAUUUAGCUUGGGGGAAGAGGUGAAGAAUGGCAGAUAUCAGCGGGGUUUAUAAAGAUUUCUCUUUUUUCUUUGUUUUUCUCCCAGUUCCAACUUUCUGCUUCAUUGUUAGCUAUUUUUAUCUAUCUCAGCUAUUAGCACCAGGGUGAAACCAAGUCCAAACCAGUAUCGAAAGUGCAGGAUUACAAGCUUGUGCGGCAACGAAGAUUUAUUACAUGCCUGUAGUUUCUGUUUUGGAUUUUUUUCUCCCCUCUGCGUCUCCCACAGUGCAGGUCAAGAGUUUACACACACUCAUUAUCGCUAUGAAUGUCACGCUAAUUUAAUUCUUUUAAUGAUUAUUCAUUUAAACCAUUCUCUUUUUCAAGAUUAAAUAGUUUAAACAAAAACAAUGCCUUAGAAAAAAAAAAUAUAAUAAUUGGUUCUGCAAAUUGGAAUUAAAUUAGUGUUUUCUUUAAUCUGCACAGGUUCAAAGUUAUGCAUAAACAUUCAAAUAUGUAUAUACUUCCCUACUAAUAUGUAGAUAAAGGUCCAUUAACAAGCUCCACUUCACCCCAAUGUUUUUUCAUAACAAGCUUCUGGCAUAAUUCUGGUUAGAGAUAUGAUCACUGUCAAUAUAAUUAGCAGAGUUUAUUUAAUUUGGAUUGUGUCCUCACAUAUCAGCUUUUAAAGCCUAGUACACACACUUUCAAUAGAGUUGUGGUCUGGGCUUUAUUCUUUCUCUACUUUUUAUUAUUCCUAAACCAGUUUUGUUGUGUUUGUGGGGAUUGUAGUGACCAAUAAUUAGAAUGAUGAUUGAUAAUUUAAUAGCUGCCAAUAACACAACACAUUUUUUUCAUUUCUAAAUGUAAUCAAGCCCUUAAUGUAACAGAUGGUGAAUAACAUAAGUUAUUGUUCUAAUAUUUUAGAACAAUAAAAUGUUCUAAAAUUUUCUUCGUUUAUUGAAUUGUAGGAAAUUCUUUUAAAAAUAUACUAAUAAUACGUAUAAUAUGUGCAUAAAAGGGCUGCAUUUCUUAUGAUUUUUUUUUUUACUCCUCAGAUGUAUUAGUUGGCAUAAUAGUCACAUUCAUUUUUCAAGUAUGCACAAUAUGCAGCACUCUUACCUAAUUAAGGUCAUGAGAUUCUAUUUGAAGAUUAUCUAUCUUUAUGCAGGAUAUUAUUUGCUUAGAUAUAUAGAUUUAUACAUUAAUGUAUGUAGGAAUAUUAAAUUAUUUACUGUGAAAUAUAUUUAGCUCUCUUUUUGGAAUGCACUAAAUCUCAAGAAAUUAAAACUAUGUGAACUGUGUAAACCUAAUUUACACAGUUCUUCCAUUUUCUAAUAAGGACAACUAAUCCUUUAGUUUCUUAAUGUAACUAAUAAUAUUGUUGACAAAACAUUAUCUUUUGGCUUUUUUACAUUUUGAAAACAUUACAUCAUUUGCUCAUCUUGAGGAACGUUUUAUGGUAAGACGGGACAAAGACUGAGCUGCUUCACCACAAUCACAAAAGGCAUGAAUUGAAUUUCAAAUGUUUGUGCUUCAACAGGACAUUGAUCCUAAACUUAAAUCAGAGUUGAUUUUGAAAUGUAUAAACCAGAGUAACAUUUAAACUAUUUGCACCCCUAUCAUGUUUUUGUAAGAUUUAUGGAAGUAAUUAUCAUAAAAUCGUCCCACGACCAAAAUAAUGUUUUCAAUGAAUCAUUGACAAAAUAAAACUUUCAUGCUCAUGAUGAGUGUAUGUAAACUUCAGCACUGUAUUAGUUUCCUAGAUGUCAUUACUAGCGAAGCCAAAAGAAAACAUGUUGUUUGUGUUCCUGGUAUUUGGCCUAAUUAUUUUGACUGAUUGCUAAAGGAGAAGGAAGCGGCGCGUUUGCAUGUCUUUGUUCGCAGGAUCUUUCGGAAGAAGCCAGCUAAGGUGAGGUGAGAGUUUGCAGAGGUGUUUGCUCCUGCAGCGUUCAAAGCCUGCAGGCUUUUCAUGGAGCGUGGAAACAUUCUCACAGUAAAUGCAGGAAUGCAGGGCUGUGUGUGACACUGAGCAUAGAAAUAUAGGGCUGCUGAGAACUUUAUUUUGUAAAGAGUCUUUAUUAAGGAAUAAUAUAGUAUUGAUACAUGGGAAUCUAUAUAAUGGAGGAAAAGUUGUAUAUUUUUUAUAUAUAUGUAGCACCUGAAUAAAUUUUGCUGUAAUACUGGUGUGGAUUGAUGUCGAUCAUAUACCAAUAUUUCAGUGGAUGGAUGAGAUACAAACGGAAGCAUCUGCAGAGAGAACGCGUGCACCUAAUACUGUAAUGCAUGACAAGUUAAUGUUUACAUUAUAUAAUCUGUGUUGAAAAAUCUUGCAUUCUGAUGAGCAAGCUUGCCGAAAAGCAGGAUAUGAAACCGAAGGGAGUUUUCUUUUUUUGUGUUCUGCUCAUUUUUGCCUUUUGUUCUCACUACUCUGAGCUGUCCUUAAGUUGAUUUCCAGUGUCAUACUAGCUAUGACCUCCCUUUUGCGCUUUGUCAUGCCAUUUGCUUAGACGACAAAUGAGAUUGUUGUUAUUUUGAGGGACAUCUUUAUUAAUGCGAGAGAUGGACUGAGGCAAGCCUAGAAAGUUUUAUUUUGCAGUCAUAUUUCAGUAUGCCGCACGUUGUCGCCACUUUCAUUGGGGGUCAUGAAAUAGUCAAGAGCAUUAGGCACUGUGUAUACAUUCCUAUGGGAAGUAGCUCAGUUCUGCCACAUUCACUGUAACUAGACGUAGACUGUUAAUCAGCACAUCUGCACAGCAACAAGCACAGGAUGCUUCUGACUCACACUUAAACAUUUUCUCAUAUCUCAGCUUCAAAGUAACAUGACUAUCUUCUGUGUAAAUAUGUAAAACACCAAGCAGUAUAACAGAGUGUCAAUGUCUUUUAUUUAGACAAGAUAUCUAUUUCCAAUGUAGCCACUGUGACUAGACCAAAGCAACGUAACAUUUCUGUUUGUUUUUUGGGGUCUUUUUUUUUUUUGUUUUUACAUUUUGGUGGCAUUUUUCAUCCUUUUGUGAGCUUUUUUUUUUUUUUUUUUUAUUUUUACUUUCUGUGUUGUCAUUAAUUCAAUAAAGUAUGUAGCUGUUUGUGUAUA